CACCCAUAAGAACUGAAGAGAACAAGAUAAGAAUUGGGCUGGGAGUUAUUCUCCAAUCUAACACAAGAGUGCCUCAUAAGUCCACCCUCAAGUCGAAGACCACCUCCAAAAAAAAAAAAAGUCCACUAAAGAGCUCUGGCUGCCCGUCCUCCAGCAUCCCGACGUCUCAGCCUCACAGACAAGAAUCUCUUGGGAAACUGGGAAGAAAACAAGUACUCUUUGAAAGGAUUUGAGCAACAAUUCAUAUGCUAUUCUGCACACAGAUCACCAAGAGGACCACCAGAGACUUCCACAGAGUGGCACUCCAAAAUGCAAGUGAUAUUAUGCACUUUGUUUGUCCUCCAUAUGAGCACUUGGUCCCAGGCUGACUCCUGUCCUGAUGCCUGCGAGUGCACAGAAUGGAAGAGUCACACCAUCUCCUGUGUUGACAUUGACAGACUCCCCGAUUUCCCUGCAGGCACAGAGACUCUAUGGCUUUUCGAGACUCGCUUGUCCUCUGUGCCGUCAGAUGCUUUUGCCAACCUGGUCAACAUCUCGCGGAUAUAUAUAUCGGUGGAUGUGACCCUGCAGAGACUGGAGAGGAACUGCUUUCACAGCCUGAGGAAAAUCACCCACAUAGAAAUACGGAACGCCAAAAGUUUAACCUACGUUGACCCCGAAGCUUUUAAGAAUCUCCCAAACCUGAAAUAUCUGGGAAUUUUCAAUACAGGCCUUACUGUCUUUCCCGACCUGAGCAACAUCCACUCGACUGACAACAAUUUCAUCCUGGAAAUUGUAGAUCAUCCUUACAUGACGGUGGUCCCACCCAACUCAUUCAGUGGCAUCACCAGCGACGUGUUAACAGUGAUGCUGUACGGCAACGGCUUCAGGGAAAUUCAACAUCACGCGUUCAACGGGACCAAGCUGGAUCAAGUGGAUCUCCACAGGAAUAAGUAUUUAACCACGUUGGAUGAAAGAGCGUUUGUCGGCACUGUCAGCGGGCCCAUGUUUCUUGACAUAUCCCAGACGGGUAUCACCUCCUUGCCCACCAGAGGUAUGGAGUCCCUAAGAGAGCUGAAGGCACGUAAUGUCUGGGCGCUCAAGAAACUGCCACCCAUCACAACCUUCAAGCACCUUACCACGGCUAACCUCACCUACCCCAGCCACUGCUGCGGCUUCAAAAAUCUCAAAAAGAAACGAGGGUUUUUGGAUUAUAUCAUCUGCAACCUGACGGCAUUCUAUGAUCAGCAUCACAAGCGUUCUGUGGCGCCCCUGCAUGCUCCAUCCCUCCAAGAUGUGAUCGAGGAGGCUCCAGAGGAACAGACGAGUGAUGCCGAUCACAGAGGCGACUUCCAUGGCAGCCUGCACUACCACUCCUACUUUGGGGGCCAUCCGGAUGAGAACGUCGGCUUUGGUGAGACCCUGAAGAACCCCCAGGAGGACACGAGUCAGGACUUUGAUAAUCGUUACGAUUACGUGGUGUGCGAGGAGGGUGAGGAAGUGACGUGCGUGCCGGUGCCUGAUGAGUUCAACCCUUGCGAAGACAUCAUGGGCUUCGCCUUCCUGAGAGUGUCGGUGUGGUUUGUGAGUCUGCUGGCUGUUCUUGGAAAUGUGGUGGUGCUCCUGGUGCUCCUCACCAGCCACUACAAGCUCUCCGUGUCCCGCUUCCUUAUGUGCCACCUGGCUUUUGCAGACCUCUGCAUGGGGAUUUAUCUGCUCCUUAUCGCCUCGGUGGACCUCCACACGCGGGCCGAGUACUUUAACCACGCCAUCGACUGGCAAACGGGCCCGGGCUGUGCGCUGGCAGGUUUCUUCACCGUGUUUGCCAGCGAGUUGUCCGUCUACACUCUAACUGUGAUCACUCUUGAGAGGUGGUACGCCAUCACGUUUGCAAUGCGGCUCGACCGGAAGCUUCAUCUUCACCACGCGGCCUCAGCGAUGCUUGGCGGAUGGAUCUUCUGCCUUCUUCUAGCACUGCUUCCUCUAGUCGGGGUUAGCAGCUACCAGAAGGUCAGCAUAUGUCUACCAAUGGACAUCCAGUCCACCGAAGCUCUGGUGUACGUCAUCUCAGUGCUGGUCCUCAACAUCAUAGCCUUUCUGGUGAUCUGCGCUUGCUACGUGAAGAUCUACUGCAAUGUACAUAAUCCUCAAUACCGAUCCGGAUCAAAGGACACAAACAUCGCAAAACGCAUGGCUGUACUCAUAUUUACCGACUUUCUGUGUAUGGCACCGAUUUCCUUCUACGCCAUGUCAGCGGUGUUGGACCAGCCACUCAUCACAGUCUCAAACUCUAAGAUACUAUUGGUGCUUUUCUACCCACUCAACUCCUGCGCCAACCCGUUCCUUUACGCCAUCUUCACCAAGGCCUUCCGUGGGGACGUCUUCAUCCUGCUCAGUAAAGUAGGUCUGUGCCAGCGGCAAGCUCAGGUAUUCAGAGGUCAGACCAUCUCGUCUAAAGGCAGCAGCGGGACAUCCCAAGUCCGUAAAGACAAGGACAAAUUUAGAAAAAGUCCAAAUAACUCGACUCUUCACCUCAAGAAGUGCUCCAGGUGUACGUAUCAUCAAGUGGUCAGCCGACAGGCAAACAACCCUGAGGACAACCAAAAAAACGGAGACGUGAGCUGAACACCAGCCCGAACUCUUGAAAGGGGAAAAAAAAAAAAAAAAAAAGGCCUUGAAGUGCCGGCGGACCUGUUGGAAUAUUUAAAACAGAAAGCUCCAGUGGGCUUCCUUUGGCCGGCCAAGUUCAGCUGCUUUCUCAAUUUCAGUUGUGAUGAUUUUACGCCUCCAGUUGGUGGAUAUAAUAUCAAGUGUCACUGAAAUAUGACUUUGACCUCAUCUCGACAACCCUGAGCCCUUGUUACGCAAGCACAGCGGGGAUGGCAAUGAGCACAAGUUCUUCUAAAAGGAGUAAAAAAGUAAUGCAUGACAUUAUUUUAUGUGAUUUUUUUCUAAUACAUUGUCUUUGCAAAAUUACAGUUUGUGUCAUCUAAUUCUGGUAAAAUGAGUACGUCUUAAUAUUCAAACUUUUCCUAGUAAAAUUUGAAUUAUAGAUAUAUAAAAUAUAAUAAUAAAAAAAACUUGUACAAAUAUACCAUAUUUGUAUAGUUUAAUUUGGCUGUAUAUAUUUUCAUUUCAACCCCAAUACUCUUACUUAUUUUCAGUUAAUAUGUCCACUAUAUUGGGUAAUAUGAGUGUAAAAAUUACUAUAUGGGUGUUAUUUCAUGUGCAGAGGGCUCUAACAAGGUCAAAAACUGUAUUCAGAAGGUCAUAAACAGGUUUUCCUUGCUCUAACUGCAAAACCUAUUUGAUUUUUAAAUAAGGAAUUCUACUUUGUGGAAAUGGAAUGAAUUAAAUUACUAUAGGGGUGUUAUUUCAUGUGUAGAGGGCUCUAAUAAGGUCAAAACUGUAUUCAGAAGGCCAUAAACAUGUUUCCAUGCUCUAACUGCAAAAACUAUUUGAUUUAUAAAUAAGGAAUUCUACUGUGUGGAGAUAGAAUGAAUUAAAUUACUAUAUGGGUGUUAUUUCAUGUGUAGAGGGCUCUAAUAAAAUCAAAAACAUGUUUCCGUGCUAUAACUGCAAAAAAAUAUUUGAUUUAUGAAUAAGGAAUUCUACUUUGUGGAAAUGGAAUGGAUUAAAUUACUAUAGGGGUAUUAUUUCAUGUGUAGAGAGCUCUAGUAAGGUCAAAAACUGUAUUCAGAAGGUCAUAAACAGGUUUUCCACGCUCUAACUGCAAAAAAUAUUUGGUUUAUAAAUGAGGAAUUCUACUUUGUGGAAAUGGAAUGAAUGAACCACAAUAAAAAAGGGAUUACUAUACUACAACAUUUCUUCUUGUCAUAGGAAUACCUCAGUAUAUUGUAUAUUAUUGAAAAGUUGUUUUUUUUUUUGUAAUCUGAGACUGAACAUUAGUAUAUAUGAUGGUAAUUGUAUGUCUUUUGUUUCUAACCAUAGGCUUAUAUGAAUGGAAAAUAGAUAGAUGGAUGUUCAUAGUUAAAUAAUUUAUUGUAUUAUUGAAAAAUAACUAAUCAUUUGUUUGUUGCUUUUUUUUCCUGACAGUUAAUAUCAUUAUAAAUGUUGUACACUGAUGCUGGAAAUGUAGUUUGCACAGUUUGGUCUCCCAAGAAGAGCUUGGCAUCCAAUUCCACAACUAAACCCCUGGUCGGAUUUUGAGUAUUAGCAAUUUACAACAAAUUACACGCAGGUAUGAGAACCACAAAUAUCGUCUGUCUGAAUCUCUCCCGUGGAAUGUCAUGGUUGCUUUUCUUUGAUUUUUUUCCAUCCUCUUACGGGAACAAGUGACUUAUACAAUCAGCAGAGAUAGUUUUGCCUUCACCGGGUGAGAUUUAAGUAAAUAAUGGACACACACACACACACACGUGUGUGUUGCUUGUGUGAUAGUAAAGUAUUACAAGUCAAAGGAGACUGUCUCCCGACAACGGCAGCCUAACAUCUGGUUAGCAUUUCAUCCGCAAGGUGACUUUUUUUGUGUUUUUUUUUUUUUUUAAAGGAAAAAUGCUCCGAUUUCCUGGAAAGGUAGACACUUUUAGAUCUUCUGGAAUUUUGAUAAUUUGCAAGGAUAUGACCACACUCAUGCCUUCUCUGAGCAUCAGCGAGACCCUUUGAUUUCAAGUGGAUUUAAAAAUACUGUAAAAUGGAAAAUUCAUCAUAGUUGCACUGCAGUCCUGUUGUAGGCAGCGUGUUCAUUAAACACUGUGUGCAUCCCUUGGUGAGUCAUUGCCCCCAAUGCAAGUGGACUCAAGCUCAACCGUGACCCUAAUGAGGCCAUGUGGCAUUAAAAAAAAUGGAUGAAUGGAUGUUUGUAUUGAUAAUUGUGAUUUUUUUUCCCCCUAAGC